UGGGGUCUCAAUUAGGAGGUUUGCAGUCGUGAGUUGUGUCGCCUUUGUGCCUUGGCCAUAAAUUCUCGGUUGCAGAAUCUAAUCCCCAACCGAGUCUCACCGACCUUUGUUCGUCCCUAUCUUUUUUGGACACUUACCCCACCGAGUCGUGGGGGUGGGGGGAUAUUGAUGCUAAAAUGUUUAAUUUUCCAAAAUAUUACUUAUGCAUACAUAAAACAGGGAUAAAAGAAAGAAUAUAUGCUUCUUCGUUGAUUGCAAAUCUUCACGGUCAGGGAAGGUUUGGACAUGAUGUAACCGUUUCUAAGUGACUUUUGCUUGUAAAAUUGUUUUUUUGGUAUAAAUACAUGCAUAAUGUUUUCAGAAAGCACCUUCAAGAAGCACUUGAGCUUUUAAUAAAAUUUCUUGUUUAUGUAAAAUAGUUGAAUGUCACACAUUUUUUUAGCCUAUUAGUCUAUCACAUAAUUUUUUUUUAUUUUUUUAUUUCUAAUCAUCAAAUCAAAUAAGUAAGAUUAACAUAUAUGUGUGUGAGAUACUUGAGCUCAUAAACACACGGAAACACACACUAAUUCCACCUAACGAAAACCGGCUAUGCCUAAAGUUGGGCCUAUUGUAGGUGGCUCUCUAACACAGUGGUAAAGAGGAGUGUUGCCUUUGCACCACGGUAUGAGUUUGAACCCCAUCGGCUCCCUAAUUUAAUGCCUAAUCUAACAAAAUAUAUCGUUUGACCUAAAAAAAAAAAAAAGUUGGGCCUAUUGGGUCUUGUUGGACUUAAGUUAUUGGGCUUAAUUUAGGCCAGGUUAAGUUGGGCUAAAUGGAUACUACGGCCCGUUAUCUUAAGAAGCCGGAUUUUCCUCUUUCAGUAAAUGUUUCCCGAAACGUUUCAAACCGCGAAAAACCCACGAAAGGAGUGGAAUUUUUUUGGACCUUUUUUGAAUAUCGAAAUUCACAGCCUCGCUUUUCACUCCCUCCGAUUUUUUUCCUGCGAUUUUUCCUCCAAAACCCUUUGUUUCUCACACUCUGAAAAUUUUGAGAGAUGCCGCCAAGGGACGCGACGCCCGCGAAGCCGCAGAGGGAGGUGAAAGCGGAAGAAGACGACGACGAUGAGAAGAGCUUGGGUUUGAUUGCGUUGGAGCGCAAGAAGAAGCAACCAACAAAAAGCAAUGGCAAUGCGAAUGGAAUGGCGAGAUCUGAGGUCAGAGAAGCCGCUAAGGUGAAGAUGGACCAAGAUUCCGAUAAGCCCACGAAGGCGAAGCCCAAACAAGAACCCAGAGUGAAGAAGGAGGAGAACGGCGGCGUGAGCGACGAGGAAUUGGGUUUGAAGCCGAAAAAGAGUUCGAUUCGAGGCCCGAAAGGGUUCUUUAUUUAUUUAUUUAUUUUUCAAAUUUGGGUUUUGUUUGAGAGAAAUACUGAAUUUUACUGUUUUACUGACGAAUGCGGGUUAUUUGGAUGAAGGAAAUCAAGAACAACAAGGUGAAAAAAAUGGACGAGGAGGAGGAGGAGGAGGAGGAGGAGAAGGGGAGGAAGAGGAAGGCUCCGGAGGCUGCGACUGAGGAGAAGAAGAAAAGGGAGAAGAAGGUGUAUGAUUUACCUGGUCAGAAGAAGGACCCUCCCGAGAAGUUCAGAAGGACCCACUUAGGCAAUUUUAUGAGUCGCUUCACCAGCAAAUUCUCAGUAGCGAAAUCGCGCAGUUUUGAAGAGAGAGGACUGGAUUGCAAUUGUGGACGAAUUGACUUCGAAGGAAAAAUGGCGAUAUCAAGAACAGGAGACCCAUGUGGAUACGGAUCCAAGUUCGAAACCAGCCGCGCAAUUAAGCCAACUGACUCAACUCACAUAUGUAACUUCGGCUCCUGAGGCCCCAAAACAAGAGCCUUACCAACUUCCUCAUCAAGUGCAAAUGCCAAUAAUGCAAAUUCAUGCCCCCAGUGUGAUUCUUUAUCAACGUCAACUGCAGCAGCUGAUCAUGGAUCAGACGGCUAAGACUCAAAGAAGAGAGAUCAAUGCGGGCCCACACGGUGGUCACAUUAACCUUGUUUUAGGGAUGCAAACGUGUUGAACUCCUCCCAGCCGUUUGAUCUUAGCUUGGUUAACAAGAAUAUGAUUAGAAAAAGGGCAGCUGAGGCAAGGCAGAAGAGACUCGAAAUCUGCAGGGUCAAGAAACCUCGCUUCCAUUCCAGAUGACGUGGCUUUGGCUCAUGUUAUUUUUCAUUGUUUACCCCCAAUAAUUUUUACUUACUUGGGGUGUAAUUUUUAUCCAAACAAAAGGUUUGUUGAGGUUUUAGCAAUUAUUAAGGUAACAGUUUUUUGUCACGGUUUUAGCAUAUAUAAUAGUAUUAUUGACAUAUUGUAUCUAAUUGGUUACCUAUAAUUCCAUAUUAUAAUACAAGAGAAGCUUGUAAUGAAAUUUUGGUCUUUGGGAUUUACAUUUGUGUUGGUGUUUGAUUGAUGUAUUGUUCAAUUUACGAUUCAUUUGAUAA